AUCAAUAAAUGUUGGUAUGGGGGCCCUCAGAGUGGAGGAUCUUCACCCAGAAGAAGAGGCACAUGUAGAAGAAAGAGGUCUCCCUGCACAGCCUCGUAUUGUUAGACAUCCGGAGGAAGAAUCCACAAGUGGCAGAGCGAUGCAGCAGACACGGGCAGCACCAGCACCUUUGGUGGAGACCUUCAGACAGCUGCCUUUACUGAGUGCCCUUCUGGCUGAACUCACUCAGCUAACCAGCCAACACCAGCAGCUUCCAUUAUCCGUCCAUCCUAAUCUAGCCUGGUUGUACAGACCCACAGCAGAGCGUUCGCAUGGAGUCACUCCGGAUGUGAGGCCCAGAUCGCGACCCCACAGCACACGUGCUUCACCAACACCAAGGGGCAAGAGGUCACCUAGCCCCCGUCUUAAACAAGAUAAGUCCCUGGCAAAUUCUGCAGCCUCCCUGUCCCCCUCCCCCAAAGAGGUUGGAAAAGCAAAGAGGCAGAAUCCUAAGCAAGAAACAGCACCCCCAAGGUCUCCUCCCAAAAGGAAGCUGAUGUACGGUCUGACACACACUGUCCGUCUCAGGAUGCAGCAGACUAACCCAGGUGUGUUGAAAGAGCAUGAGCGCAGAGAGCAACACAGGAGGAAACAGAUGGAGCUUCUGAAACGGAUGAAAAAGAGACCUCUCUCACUGGCCAGAACUAAAAGUGGACAGAAGCUAAAUGGCACCAGCAGGGGUGAGGUUCUCAACAGCCAUGUCAGUUUGGAUGAGAAUAUUAAAACUCUAGUUAACAGCACAGAAGUUGGCUCUCCCAGGAUAGGAAACCCUCCACCACAAGCCAGAAGUGAGAGAGAGAGCGGUUCUCAGGCGGGUAAAAGCUGUGACAGCGACAUCUAUUUGCCUGCUGGUGCAACUUAUGACCGUGUGUCCAGAAGCGUUCAGAAAAGAACGCCAGCGAUUUGUCCGAAGAACAGGGACGUACGAGUCCACAUUCCCAGUGCGCUCAGCCAGUAUUCAGACCACGGUGAUGAUGACGGGGCUCAGAGCGAUGCCAGCUACACUCGGCCCCAGAUGACAAACCCUGGGUUUCAGAGCACCAGUGAAGAGGGUGGAAGGAGCCUAGAGAACAGUCGGUUCAGCAGCCCAGCGCGAGCAUAUUCAGACUCCCACAGGGAUAGCUUUGAGCCUGUUGAGUACCUGGACGAUUUCACCAGUCCCGAGCCUACUGACGGCCAUUCUCCAGAUUUUCAGAGCAGCCCUGAGCCUGCCUUAGGCGGCAGCAAGAAGGGAGCCUCAGGCUCAGACAGCGCUUCCCAGAGGAGCCAAAGAGCUGCUCUUCCUGUCCCUGUCAAAGCAGGUGCUUCACCCCAGCGUUCUCUCAAAGGCACGCACAUUAUAAGACCUCGCAGAGAGGCCUCAGCCAUCAGCAUGUCCUCGGGCGAAAGUGAGUUUGCGUCUGCUUCGGGCGGCUCCAUUCGAUCAAGGUAUCACAGGAGACAUGGAGCUGCGAGCGGUGGUGCUGAGAGACCGUCGGUCAGCAAGGAUAUGGAAGGAUCUGGGAGUCAGCUGUCAGACCACUUUGAAGACAGUCCUUCAGCUAGGGGCUCUCCUGUGGACUCACAUUUACCCGCUAAUAAUUCUGAAGCCGAGUCAAUUUCCUCACCUGUCCCUGAACUAGAAGACGAAAAGAGAGAUGAAUUGGGCUCCUUGGGAUUUGAUAAUAAGUAUUGUCACAUCUCAGAGUUAGUGGUAAACAAGCUCCCCGGGUAUACCCUGUGAGAGUCCUCUUACUCCUUGUAU